UCGAGCGCUGAUUGGCUGAUUUGUAAAGGAAACUCGGUUUAAACUGAGGGGCGGCAGAAAGUUCAGUUCGUGCUCCGAACCGGCAGCAGCUCCAUCCGGACUCAGACCUAACCGAUACCAAACUUAAUAUUCGUGAAACCAUGGCCUCCCAGAACGUGGACCCCGCAGCCGCCGCAGCUUCGCCCGCAGCCGCCCUGAAGGGGAGCGAGAGCGGCGGCAGCGCAGCCAGAGGCUCGGUGACCAAACGGCUACAGCAGGAGCUGAUGACACUCAUGAUGUCUGGUGAUAAGGGGAUUUCAGCUUUUCCUGAAUCGGAUAAUCUCUUUAAAUGGGUGGGAACCAUUGACGGAGCUCAAGGGACGGUGUAUGAAGGGCUGCGGUAUCGACUGUCCCUGGAUUUCCCGGCCGGGUAUCCGUAUCAGGCUCCCCGGGUGAAGUUUGUGACUCCGUGCUUUCAUCCCAAUGUAGACGAGCAGGGCUUCAUCUGCCUGGACAUUCUGAAGGAAAAGUGGUCGGCUCUGUACGACGUCCGGUCCAUUCUGCUGUCCAUCCAGAGCCUGCUGGGAGAACCCAACAACGACAGUCCUCUGAACACGGCUGCUGCAGAACUAUGGGAGAACCAGGAAGCCUUCCGAGCUCACCUCCACGCCACCUUCCAGAAAUGAAGCAGCUGCUCUUCUUCUUCCUGUUGUCUGAUUGUAAGAUAUUUUUAUGUUUGUGUGCCUCUGUGUUAAUAAAGUUCUUAAUUCACUCCUGAA